AACGCAGGAACAACGCGAAUUAGAGUCGGGUUUUCAUAAUACUGCUUUUUUGAGUAAACAACUUGUUUAUAGGAAAGCUCAACAGUCUGCCUAUAAGUCAAAAUUAAUAUUUUCCCUAAACUACUUCUAUGUAGAUUUUGCUGUGAUUAAAAGGCUAUACAAAAGAAGGCAGAUAAUGUUGCAACGGAUACGACUCAUUUACAGCAUUACAACAGAGAACCUAUAACAACUCUUGUUAUGAACUGACGGCAAAAUCAAAGGGAUUACAAGAAGACACCAAAUGCAGAGUUCCGCUGUGUGUCUAUGAAGAAUAAGAGGACAAUGGAUCCACCAACAGAAUUUAAGGGGUCAGUCAUAACCGAACCCGUCUGUAAAAAGAUGAAGUUUGAGCAGUCUGUGAACCAACCACAAUAUAUGUGUCCUGAAUUCAGCCAUGACUCUAAAAUUAGUGAAGUCCUCAACACAUUUAAAUCAAAUCUGAGAGAGAAGUUUAAGUGUUUGUAUGAUGUAUCAUCAACUGAGAAAAGCUUAACACUACUGAAUGAGAUCUACACAGAGCUCAGCAUCACGGAGAGUGAAAGUGGAGAGAUCAGUAAUGAACAUGAGGUGAGACAGAUUGAGACACAAUCCAGAAGAACAACAACAGAGGAGACACCAAUCAAAUGUAAUGACAUCUUUAAACCUUUACCUGAACAAGACAAACACAUCAGAAGUGUGAUCACAAAGGGAGACGCUGGCAUUGGAAAAACAGUCUCUGUACAGAAGUUCAUUCUGGACUGGGCUGAAGAGAAAGAGAAUCAGGACGUCCACCUCAUAUUUCCACUUCCUGUCAGAGAGAUCAAUUUGAUGAAGGACAAAACACUCAGUCUUUUAGAUCUUCUUCAUCUUUUCUUCCCAGAGACAAAAGAAAUGGAAAUCUUCAGUGAUAAAUAUAAAGUGUUGUUCAUCUUCGAUGGUUUAGAUGAGUGUCGUCUGUCUCUGGAUUUUCACAGCAGUGUGAGUUUGUGUGAUGUAAGUGAAUCAACCUCAGUGGACGUGAUGCUGACAAACCUCAUCAAGGGGAAUCUGUGUCCCUCUGCUCUCAUCUGGAUCACCUCCAGACCAGCAGCAGCUGAUCUCAUCCCCUCUGAGUGUGUUGAUCGAGUCACAGAGGUACGAGGCUUCAGUGAUCCACAGAAGGAGGAAUACUUCAGGAAGAGAAUCACUGAUGAGAGUCUGUCUGAUCAAAUCAUCUCACACCUGAAGUCAUCCAGGAGUCUCUACUUCAUGUGUCAAAUCCCAGUGUUCUGCUGGAUUUCAGUCACUGUUCUAGAGAGAAUAUUGAGGGAAGCAAAGAGUCAAGAGAUCCCAAAGACUCUUACACAAAUGUACACACACUACCUGAUCAUUCAGACAAACAACAAACAUGAAGAGGAUGAUGACAAUAAAGUGAAUGAUGAAUACUUGAUCUAUAAACUGUGUAAACUGGCUUUUGAGCAUUUUCAAAAAGGCAGUUUGAUCUUCAAUGAAGAAGACCUGAGAGAUUGUGGCAUUGAUGUAUCAGAAGCAUCAUUGGAUUCAGUAUUGCGUACUCAAAUCUUCAGAGAGGAGUUUGGUUUGUGUCAGGGGAAAGUUUACAGCUUUGUUCAUCUGAGCAUUCAGGAACAUCUAGCAGCUCUACAUGUGCACCUCUCUUUUAUGAACAACAACAUCAAUGUGUUGACUGAAAUUAAACUACAUUACAAACAUCGGCUUUCAAUACAUGAUCUGUAUAAGAGAGCUAUAGAUGAGGCUCUACAGAGUAAAAAUGGACAUCUGGAUCUUUUCCUUCGUUUUCUUCUGGGUUUGUCGCUGGAGUCGAAUCAGAAUCUCCUACUAGGUCUGAGGAUACAGACAGGACGCAGCUAUCAUAACAAUGUAAAAACAAUGGGUUACAUCAAACAUAAGAUGAGGGAGAAUCCUACACCAGAAAAAUUCAUCAAUCUGUUUCAUUGUCUGAGUGAACUGGGUGAUUGUUUGCUGAUGAGGGAAAUCUUGUACCGUCUGAAAUCUGGAACAUCAAGAAAAGCCCAAAUCUCUUCAUCUCAGUGGUCAGCUUUAGUUUUUGUGUUGCUGACAUCAGGACAGGAGUUCAAGACGUUUAAUAUGAAUUAUAUUAUUAAUGCAAACAAAGCUGAAUCACUGAACGUUCUUCAGAAGCUGCUGCCUGUGAUUUGUGAAUCCAGAAUAGUUCUGUUAUAUAACAGUAAUAUCAGAGUUGAAGGUUGUGCUGCUCUGUCUUCAGCUCUGAGAUCAAACCCAUCACACCUGAGAGAACUAAAUUUGUCUCAGAAUAAUCUUGGAGAUUCUGGAGUGAAGCUGAUCUCUGACGUACUGAAGAAUCCUGACUGUAAACUGGAGAAACUCUGGUUGAAUUCUUGUUUUAUCACAGCUGAAGGUUGUGUUGCUCUGUCUUCAGCUCUGAGAUCAAACCCAUCACACCUGAGAGAACUGAGUCUGUCUAAAAAUAGACUAAGAUGUUCAGGAGUGAAGCCGAUCUCUGAUGUUCUGAAGAAUCCUGACUGUAAACUGGAGAAACUGACGUUGAGUUAUUGUUAUAUCACACCUGAAGGUUGUGUUGCUCUGACUUCAGCUCUGGAAUCAAACCCAUCACACCUGACACAUCUGGAUCUGUCUAAAAAUGUUAUUGGAGAUUCAGGAGUUAAGCUGAUCUCUGAUGUACUAAAGAAUCCUGAAUGUAAACUGGACAAACUGGCGUUAAGUGGUUGUAAAAUCACAGCUGAAGGUUGUGUUGCUCUGUCUUCAGCUCUGACAUCAAACCCAUCACACCUGAGAGAUCUGCAUCUGUCUAACAAUAAUCUUGGAGAUUCAGGAGUGAAGCUGAUCUCUGAUGUACUGAAGAAUCCUCACUGUAAACUGGAGAUACUGGAGUUGUAUUCAUGUGAUAUCACAGUUGAAGGUUGUGCUGCUCUGACUUCAGCUCUAAGAUCAAACCCAUCACACCUGAGACAUCUGAAUUUGUCUCAGAAUGAUCUUGGAGAUUCAGGAGUGAAGCUGAUCUCUGACGUACUGGAGAAUCCUGACUUUAAACUGGAGCUAUUGUGGUUGAGUGAAUGUAAUAUCACAGAUGAAGGUUGUGGUGCUCUGACUUCAGCUCUGAUAUCAAACCCAUCUCACCUGAAAGGAUUGUAUCUGACUGGAAAUAAUCUGGGAGAUUUAGGAAUGGAGCUGAUGACUGAUGUGGCAAAUGAUCCAUAUUACAAACUGAAAAAAAUAUUAUUCAACUUUACUGGCAUUAUGCUGAAGUCGUCUAUGAAGAGUGAGCGGUCAAUGGAUCCACCAAUAGAAAUGAGGAGAUGGCCUGACCAAAAGUCAGUCGUAACCGAACCCAUCUGUAAAAAGAUGAAGUUUGAGCAGUCUGUGAAUCGACCCCAAUAUUUGUAUCCUGAAUUCAGCCGUAAAGUUAAUAAAGUCCUGAACACAUUUAAAUCAAAUCUGAGAGAGAAGUUUCAGUGUUUGUAUCCAGGAACACCAAGGCAGAGAAACUUAACACUACUGAACGAGAUCUACACAGAGCUCAACAUCACAGAGAUUAAAAGUGGAGAAGCAGAGGAGACACCAAUCAAAUGUAAUGACAUCUUUAAACCUUUACCUGAACAACACAAACACAUCAGAAGUGUGCUGACAAAGGGAGUCGCUGGCAUUGGAAAAACAGUCUCUGUACAGAAGUUCAUUCUGGACUGGGCUGAAGAGAAAGAGAAUCAGGACGUCCACCUCAUAUUUCCACUUCCUUUCAGAGAGAUCAAUUUGAUGGAGGACAAAACACUCAGUCUUUUAGAUCUUCUUCAUCUUUUCUUCCCAGAGACAAAAGAAAUGGAAAUCUUCAGUGAUAAAUAUAAAGUGUUGUUCAUCUUUGAUGGUUUAGAUGAGUGUCGUCUGUCUCUGGAUUUUCAGAGCAGUGUGAGUUUGUGUGAUGUACGUAAAUCAACCUCAGUGGACGUGAUGCUGACAAACCUCAUCAAGGGGAAUCUGUGUCCCUCUGCUCGCAUCUGGAUCACCUCCAGACCAGCAGCAGCUGAUCUCAUCCCCUCUGAGUGUGUUGAUCGAGUCACAGAGGUACAAGGCUUCAGUGAUCCACAGAAGGAGGAAUACUUCAGGAAGAGAAUCAGUGAUGAGACUCUGUCUGAUCAAAUCAUCUCACACCUGAAGUCAUCCAGGAGUCUCUACAUCAUGUGUCACAUCCCAGUGUUCUCCUGGAUUUCAGUGACUGUUCUAGAGAGAAUAUUGAGGGAAGCAAAGAGUCAAGAGAUCCCCAUGACUCUCACUCAAAUGUACACACACUUCCUGUUCAUUCAGACGAACAUUAAAUAUCGGGACAACUUUAAGAAGAGCAUGAAGGAUAAAGACAUGAUCUAUAAACUGUGUAAACUGGCUUAUGAGCAGCUUGUGAAAGGCAAUGUGAUCUUUUGUAAUAAAGACCUGAGAGAGUGUGGAAUUUAUGAAUCAGAAGCAUCAGUGUACUCAAGAUUGUGUACUCAGAUCUUCAGGGUGGAGUUUGUUUUGUGUCAGAGGAAAGUUUACAGCUUUGUUCAUCUGAGCAUUCAGGAACAUCUAGCAGCUCUACAUGUGCAUCUCUCCUUUAUGAACAACAACCUAAAUGUGUUUGAUCAAAUUCAACCGAUUCAACCACAACAGCUUUCAGUACAUGAUCUGUAUCGGAGAGCUACAGAUAAGGCUCUACAGAGUGAAAAUGGACAUCUGGAUCUUUUUCUUUGUUUUCUUCUGGGUUUGUCGCUGGAGUCGAAUCAGAAUCUCCUACUAGGUCUGAGGAUACAGACAGGACGCAGCUGUCAUAACAAUGUAAUAACAAUCAGUUACAUCAAACAGAAGAUCAGGGAGAAUCCUUCACCCAAGAAAUCCAUCAAUCUGCUUCAGUGUCUGAGUGAACUGGGUGAUGUUUUACUAGUGAAGGAAAUCCAACAAUAUCUGAAGUUAAGAAUAUUAGGUAAAGCCAAAAUCUCUUCAUCUCAGUGGUCAGCUUUGAUUUUUAUGUGGCUGACUUCAGAACGCGAGCAGAAGGAGUUUAACAUUAAUCAUGUUGUUAAAAAAAAAAAUUCUGAAGCACAGAAAUUUCUUCAGAAGCUUCUGCCUGUGAUUUGUGAAUACAGAUCAGUUCUGUUGGGUUCUUGUAAUAUCACAGCUGAAAGUUGUGUUGCUUUGUCUUCAGCUCUGACAUCAAACCCAUCACAUGUGACUUAUCUGAAUCUGUCUCAGAAUAAUCUUGGAGAUUCAGGAGUGAAGCUGAUCUCUGAUGUACUGAAGAACCCUGAAUGUAAAAUGGAGAAACUAAUAUUGAAUUCUUGUAAUAUCACAGAUGAUGGUUGUGCUGCUCUGACUUCAGCUCUGAGAUCAAACCCAUCACACCUGAGAGGGCUGAAUCUGAUUGAGAAUAAUCUUGGAGAUUUAGGAAUGGAGCAUCUCUCUGAUCUACUGGAGCAUCCUGGCUGUAAACUGGAGAAACUCUGGUUGAGGGGUUGUAAUAUUACAGAUGAAGGUUGUGUUGCUCUGUCUUCAGCUUUGACAUCAAACCCAUCACACCUGAGAGAACUGAAUCUGACUAAUAAUACAUUUGGAGAUUUAGGAGUGAAGCUGUUGUCUGCUGUACUGGAGAAUCCUCAGUGUAAACUGCAGAUACUGAAGUUGAGUGGUUGUAAUAUCACGGACGAAGGUUGUGCUGCUCUGUCUUCAGCUCUGAGAUCAAACCCAUCACACCUGAGAGAUCUGAGUCUGUCUUUGAAUAAUCUCGGAGAUUUAGCAGUGAAGCUGCUCUCUGAUGUACUGAAGUAUCCUCAAUGUAAACUGGAGCUAUUGUGGUUGUGUGAUUGUAAUAUCACAGAUGAAGGUUGUGUUGCUCUGACUUUAGCUCUGAGAUCAAACCCAUCACACCUGAGAGAAUUGUAUCUGACUGGAAAUCAUCUGGGAGCUUUAGGAAUGAAGCUGAUCUCUGAUAUGGCAAAUGAUCCAAAUUACAAACUGAACAAAGUACGAUGGACAGCGGUUAUGCUUAUCUUUGGUUGCGGAACCGGAAGUGAUGGAAACGGUUUAACGAAAUCCGCAUCAGAAGAGAUCAAAGUCUGUGUGUCUAUGAAGAGUGGAGCAAUGGAUCCACCAAUAGAAAUGAAGAGAUGGCCCGACCAAAAGUCAGUCAUAACCAAACCCGUCUGUAAAAAGAUGAAGUUUGAGCAGUCUGUGAAUCAACCACAAUAUUUGUAUCCUGAAUUCAGCCGUGACUCUAAACUUAAUAAAGUCCUGAACACAUUUAAAUCAAAUCUGAGAGAGAAGUUUCAGUGUUUGUAUCCAGGAACAUCAAAGCAGAGAAACUCAACACUACUGAACGAGAUCUACACAGAGCUCAACAUCACAGAGAGUAAAAGUGGAGAGGCAGAGGAGACACCAAUCAAAUGUAAUGACAUCUUUAAACCUUUACCUGAACAACACAAACACAUCAGAAGUGUGCUGACAAAGGGAGUCGCUGGCAUUGGAAAAACAGUCUCUGUACAGAAGUUCAUUCUGGACUGGGCUGAAGAGAAAGAGAAUCAGGACGUCCACCUCAUAUUUCCACUUCCUUUCAGAGAGAUCAAUUUGUUGAAGGACAAAACACUCAGUCUUUUAGAUCUUCUUCAUCUUUUCUUCCCAGAGACAAAAGAAAUGGAAAUCUUCAGUGAUAAAUAUAAAGUGUUGUUCAUCUUUGAUGGUUUGGAUGAGUGUCGUCUGUCUCUGGAUUUUAAAAGCAAAUUGAAGUUGUGUGAUGUACGUAAAUCAACCUCAGUGGACGUGAUGCUGACAAACCUCAUCAAGGGGAAUCUGUUUCCCUCUGCUCUCAUCUGGAUCACCUCCAGACCAGCAGCAGCUGAUCUCAUCCCCUCUGAGUGUGUUGAUCGAGUCACAGAGGUACGAGGCUUCAGUGAUCCACAGAAGGAGGAAUACUUCAGGAAGAGAAUCAGUGAUGAGAGUCUGUCUGAUCAAAUCAUCUCACACCUGAAGUCAUCCAGGAGUCUCUACAUCAUGUGUCACAUCCCAGUGUUCUCCUGGAUUUCAGUCACUGUUCUAGAGAGAAUAUUGAGUGAAGCAAAGAGUCAAGAGAUCCCCAAGAGACUCCCUGAAAUGUACACACACUUCCUGAUCAUUCAGAUGAACAUUAAACAGCGGGACAACUUUAAGAAGAACAUGAAGGAUAAAGACAUGAUCUAUAAACUGGGUAAACUGGCUUUUGAGCAGCUUGUGAAAGGCAAUCUGAUCUUCAAUGAUGAAGACCUGAGAGAGUCUGGCAUUGAUGUAUCAGAAGCAUCGGUGUACUCAGGAUUGUUUACUCAGAUCUUCAGAGUGGAGUUUGUUUUGUGUCAGAGGAAAGUUUACAGCUUUGUUCAUCUGAGCAUUCAGGAAUAUCUAGCUGCUCUAUAUGUGCACCUCUCUAUUAUGAACAAAAACUUGAAUGUGUUUGAUCAAAUUCAACCGAUUCAAACACAUGAGCUUUCAAUACAUAAUCUGUAUACGAGAGCUAUUGAUGAGGCUCUACAGAGUAAAAAUGGACAUCUGGAUCUUUUCCUUUGUUUUCUUCUGGGUUUGUCGCUGGAGUCGAAUCAGAAUCUCCUACGAGGUCUGAGGAUACAGACAGGACGCAGCUCUUAUAACAAUGUAAAAACAAUCAGUUACAUCAAACAGAAGAUGAGGGAGAAUCCUUCACCUGAGAUAUCCGUCAAUCUGCUUCAGUGUCUGAGUGAACUGGGUGAUUAUUUGCUUCUGAUGGAAAUCCAAAAUUAUCUGAAGUUUAGAAUAUUAGAUGAAGCCAAAAUCUCUUCAUCUCAGUGGUCAGCUUUGAUUUUUGUGUGGCUGACUUCAGGACGUGAGCUGAAUGGGUUUCACAUGAAUCGUAUUGUUAAACAACAAAACAUUUCUGAAGCACAGAAAGUUCUUCAGAAGCUGCUGCCUGUCAUUUGUGAAUACAGAAUAGUUGAGUUGGGUUCUUGUAAUAUCACAGAUGAAGGUUGUGUUGCUCUGACUUCAGCUCUGACAUCAAACCCAUCGCUUGUGACUCAACUGAAUCUGACUCAGAAUAAUCUUGGCGAUUCAGGAGUGAAGCUGAUCUCUGAUGCACUGAAGAAUCCUGAACUUAAAAUGGAGAAACUAAUGUUGAAGAGAUGUAACAUCACAGGUGAAGGUUGUGCUGCUCUGACUUCAGCUCUGAGAUCAAACCCAUCACACCUGAGAGAACUGAAUCUGAUUGAGAAUAAUCUUGGAGAUUCAGGAAUGGAGCAUCUCUCUGAUCUACUGGAGCAUCCUGGCUGUAAACUGGAGAAUCUCUUGUUGAGGGGUUGUCAUAUCACAGAUGAAGGUUGUGUUGCUCUGUCUUCAGCUUUGACAUCAAAUCCAUCACACCUGAGAGGACUGGUUCUGACUAAUAAUACAAUUGGAGAUUUAGGAAUGAAGCUGUUGUCUGCUGUACUGGAGAAUCCUCAGUGUAAACUUAAGAUGCUGAAGUUGACUGAUUGUAAUAUCAAGGAGGAAGGUUGUGCUGCUCUGUCUUCAGCUCUGAGAUCAAACCCAUCACACCUGAGAGAUCUGAGUCUGUCUUUGAAUAAUUUCGGAGAUUUAGGAGUGAAGCUGAUCUCUGAUGUACUGAAGAAUCCUCAAUGUAAACUGGAGCAACUGUGGUUGUGUGAGUGUAAUAUCACAGAAGAAGGUUGUGUUGCUCUGACUUUAGCUCUGAGAUCAAACCCAUCACACCUGAGAGAAUUGUAUCUGGAUGGAAAUCAUCUGGGAGCUUUAGGAAUGAAGCUGAUGUCUGAUAUGGCAAAUGAUCCAAAUUACAAACUGAAAAAAAUGGACAUUUUGCGUGUUUGUAAACCGAGAUGACUUUUUUUGUGGGCGGUUAGAAGUAAUAAGUAAAGAAGUAAUAGAAUACGAAAACUUUAAUAAAUUGUAAUAUUACUGA